CUAAGGUUUCACGCAUCCAACUAUUCAAGUAAUCACAGCAACUCAGCACAACUGAAACUGAAGAUUAUGGAAGAAGAUUGAGGGGCUGUUUGGCAACUUCUGAAUAGGUAAGUGCUGAACCAGUAAGAAGUCUGAACCAUUAAGAGCUAGUAUAUUGCUUAACUAUUCAAAGGUAAAAUGUCUGAUCAAUUCAGAUAAGAGGUAUUAAUCAUUCAAACUCUGUAUAAUACUUAACCAUUCAGAGGCAAAUGUCUGAGCCAUUCAGACAUCUGAACCAUUAAGAGGCUGAAACAAAUAGUCUGAACCAUUAAGUACUGAACCAUUUUUAAGAGGCUGAAACAAACAGCUCCUGAAUCAUUGAAUAGGAAACCAUGGAAAUAUUUGGGAUAUAGUUGCAAAAAAAAGCCGUUCAAGAACAUGCAAACAGGGGGGAAUACUGACACCGCCAAUCCGCCAUGGCUGCAAUUGCACAAAAUCUGGGUAUUGUCGGUGUGCUGCCACGCCAAGAUACGGGUCAGGUCACCCUAAAUGUCCCGGGGCCAGGGCACCAUUCUCUCAAUUGAUAAUUCAAGUUCUGCUUUCCAAAAUCUGAACUUCAUAUAAACUAACUUAUCCUCCCCCUGUUUACACGGGCUCCAUUAUAUAGUGUUGUGGUUGUGGUAGUAAUUAUGUAUAUUGAGAGGAACUCAUCAACUCUUCUAUGUGUUCUAGAAAAGUCUCAAUCUUCGUUCAAAAGUGUUUGCUACAGAAGGAAAUAGGAAAAUAUAAAGACAAAAACGUGAAUAUCAAAAAACAGUGAAUAAUCAAAUAGAAAGGCAAUGGAAACCAUGGGGAUGUUUGCAGUAUAGUAAUAGUGGGAAAGAAUUGCAAUUGAGCUUGUGAACGGGUAAAUAGGGAAAAAAGGUCACGGGAACCACAAUGGCUGCAAACACACCAAAUCCGGGAUUGAAAGGGAAAUGGUUGCCAAACAUGCAUUUGAUUCCCACACAUACUAUUACACAGAGGCUCAGAUUGUAUUUUCCCUAUCAGCAAAACAAGAGCACAACCUGCCAUGUCUGCAAGAAACUGUCAAGCCGUUCAAGUGCCCAAGCCAAGAUACAAGAGGCCCCAAAUUCAGUUUUUAUUAUAAAAUAUCAAAAAAAGCUAAUCACUGUAUCAACUUUGAAAAUCAUGGUUUCAGUUUUACUGGUUACCCAUUAUUUCAAUUCUAUUAUUGUCAAUACUUUCCCAAUCAAAGAAGAACCAACAGGUGUUUUCAACCCGUAGAAUUUUUAACCAUAUACGGAGUACAACACAAACUACAAGAACAAGCAAAGCCAGUAAGUAGAGAGGCUGUUAAGAAUGAAGAGUGAAAUGUUUUCUGAUUUAAAUGAAAUGAAAUGCCUUCUGACUUAUAUGCAUCUUAGUACAUGAGGCUCAGAUUACAUUUAUUCCAUCAGAAAAACAGCACAAGGCACAGGCAAACCAAACCAUGGCUGCAAGAAGACAACUGCCUCGCCAAGAUGCAGGCCGCCUCACCAUAGAGAUCUGAUUUUUGCAUCUAAAAAAUACUCCGUAAUAGAUUAUCAUCACAGCCUCAACUUUUACAGUAGGGUUUCAUGCAUUCAACUAUUCAAGUAAUCCCAGCAACUCAGCACAACUGAAACUGAUUAACAAUAUAAUACUCCCUCCGUCUCUUAAAUAAAUUGCAUAAAUGCAAUGGAAUAGAUGAAGGACCAAAAUCGAUCCAUCACCAUUUAGGGCUGUUGAAUUUAAGCUUCACUUAUUCAGGAAACUAAAGAUAUCAUGGGCUAAACGGAACUACACAUAGAAAACGAAGCAACCACCCUCUGAAACUAAUCACCUCUUCUAUGUGUCCCAGUCUCCCAGAAAGCCUCAACCUGCGUGAGGAAAUUGAGAGAAACUCAUUUUCUUUCUUUUCCUUCCAAAUUCCUUGAACCAAACAUAUUGUAAAUAGGAAACCAUGGAAAUAUUUGGGAUGUAAUUGCCAAAAAAAAUGCAGUUCAAGAACAUGGAAAGACGGGGGGAAAGACUGACACUGCCAACCCGCCAUGGCUGCAAUUGCACCAAAUCUGAGUGUUAUCGGGGUGCUGCCACGCCAAGAUACGGGUCAGGUCACCCUAAAUUCCGUUCAAUCCGCUCCCAAGAAAUUAUAAUCACCGCUGAUUCGGCGCACACCACCACCACCGUCACCUCCGGAAAAGACACGAAUAAGUCUGAAAUGUUUGUAUGUAUGGGAGUAGUUUGUUGAUCUCGAGGGUUGUUGAUUGCAAAUUCGAAGGGGGACAUGUCCCCUCCCUAGAGUAGAGAUAGAAGCAACCACCCUCAAAUGAAACCUAAAUCUAAGAUCUGCUCUUCCCAAUUCUUACUUCUUCCCUGUUCUCUUUUAUAGUGCACUCUACAACAAUUAGGCCUUGUUUGGAUGGACGCAGGUUUAAAAUUCAAAAAUAUAGGAGCAAAAAUGGCAACAUAUAGUGCACUAUAUUUUUAGGAACAAAGACGAGGAACAAAAAUAAAAAUAUUGCUUUAUUUUUACCGUAUAUCAUACUCCUUCCGUCCCACAAUUGGUUAGAAUUUCUCUUUAUUUUUUUCACCUCUUCUUUAGCAAUUCCUCCUUCCCUAAAAGGGUUUCUCUUAUUGACUUUUUUGGAAAUUAAUGGAGGGAUAUUUUUGUGUUGACUUUCCAAAAAUACCCUUGAAAUAAUAGGUAAAAGAUGUGAUGGAUAGAUUAUUAGUAAAAAAGUAUGAUGUGAUAAGUAGGGUAUGAAAAAGUAAGUGGUAAAAGUGGUUUUUUAAUAGAUAAGGGAACAUCUUUUGGGGACAACAAAAAAAUGAAAGGGGAAAAUCUUUUAUGGACGGAGGAAGUAGAACUUUUGAUGUAGUUU